ACCAGUUUCCAAAAUGGCGGACGUAAACAAGCAGCUGUUUGCCAUUUCCUGAGAAAAUACAUCUACUGCGUUGUCUGAUCUUUAAUCAAGCUACUGUUAAGGCAAGAGAGCGAUGGAAGAAGCCCUUAUACUCGUUUUGGGACCUGGUAGCUCUGGAAAAACUUUAAUGUUGAAGAGAUUACAGACAGUUUCGAGUCAAAUGAAUCUUCCUCCUUCGCAACGACAAAAAGAACUUGGCGAAGCGCCCCCAACGAUCCCAACCGUUGGAGUGAACCUUGUGACAGUGAACUUCCUCCGAAAAAAAUUCACGUUCAGAGAGCUAGGUGGUGCUAUGGCACCGAUAUGGAGCAACUACCUCAAGGAAGCUGCUUUCUUGAUCUACAUAUUCGAUAUCGCGAACAGAUUUCAGAUUUCCGCGUCAUGCAUUCUAUUGCUAGAAGUUUUAGCUUCCAAAGAGACUCAAGACAUGCCUGUUUUGUUGGUUUUUAAUAAAAUCGACAGUCCUGGAUGUAUGUCGAUAGCUGAGGUUGCUUCUCUAAUCCGACUUGAAGAUAUUAAAGCGCAUGCAAAACAGGAUUUGACCGCUGUUGAAGCAAGCUUUCGCACGGGAGAGGGAAUGGACGAUGUGCUUCAGUGGAUCAAGGCUAAGGCUGGACCGAAAAAAAAAGGUUCUUUCCAAGUGUAAAAAGCACAUAUUUAUUGUUGAAAUUGUAUACUUUAUGCCUAUGUGGACACAAAGCAUUUUCAACCUCAUGUUUGUUUAUUUCAUCAUGCCCCCCCCCCCCCCCCCUAAUAUCCCUAGGCCUGCUAUGGCACUGCCCUUUGAUACUGAAAUAACAACUUAUAUAAACAAUCCAUACAUGUCAGAACUCUGCCUAUUAUAUGGGGCUAGGAAGAUGUUGACAAUAAGGGCCCAAUUAAAGGUCGGAUUAUUUCUUCAAUUUCUUUUUCUCUUGGGUACAGUAUAUGCAUCCUAUAUACUAAAAUGUUUCUUGUAAUAUCUGUUUAAUUUUUUUUCACAUACCUUUAAUCAUUUGAACUCUAAUGGAACCUAAAUGUAACAAAAAAUUAUAAACAAGACAUAUAUAUAUAUAGUAAACCUAUUACAAGUAUAUACCUUAUUUAAGGCGUUAUUUAAAAAAAAAAGACCAUUCAUAAUACCUCUACUCUUAAGUUCUGAAAAAGAAUAAAAAUCAUGUGUUUUCUUCCUGAAUAUACAUAUCAAUUUUUUUAAACUCUAAAUAAUCUUUCUUUAAAAGACUUUCUGAUUGGCUCAUAGGAGUGUUCUACAGGCACUGGUAGACUAGCAUCAACAGACUGAUUUCCCUCGAUUGCUGCAUAUCCAUUCUUACGUGAUGUGUACAGUGCGUAAUGUUGCACAAUAAACAGAAUAUCAAAAACAAUAGAUAUGAAUCCCAAUCCAAACUUUGUAAAGUCACCAAAUAUAGAUCUCCAGUCAUCUGAAAGAAUAAAAACAAACAGCAACAUGAGAUAAUAAAGAGUAAUUAAAGCACAUACUGAUACAAACCUAUUGAUAGAAAUAAAGAUAGAAUAAAAAUAUGUUCAAUAA